CACCCCUCCACCCCACCCACUCUCUCACUAUGGUCAAGGCUGUUGUCAUCGGCGCCGCUGGCGGUAUCGGCCAGCCCCUGUCGCUCCUGCUCAAGCAGUCGACGCUCAUCUCCGAGCUCGCCCUCUACGAUGUCGUGAACGCCCCCGGUGUCGCCGCCGACAUCUCGCACAUCAACACGCCCUCGACGGUGCAGGGCUACCUGCCCGCCGACGGCGGCCUCGAGAAGGCCCUCAAGGGCGCCGACAUCGUCGUCGUGCCCGCCGGUGUGCCGCGCAAGCCCGGCAUGACCCGUGACGACCUGUUCAACAUCAACGCCAGCAUUGUCCGCGACACCGCCAUCGGCAUUGCCACGCACGCCCCCAAGGCCUUCGUGCUGAUCAUCUCGAACCCCGUCAACUCGACGGUGCCCAUCGUGGCUGAGGUGUUCAAGAAGAAGGGUGUCUACGACCCCAAGCGCCUCUUCGGUGUGACCACGCUCGACGUUGUGCGUGCCAGCACCUUCGUCUCGGAGGCCAACGGUGCCUCGGAGAAGUCGCUCGAGUACAGCAUCCCGAUUGUCGGCGGCCACUCCGGCGAGACGAUCGUGCCCCUGAUCUCGGCCUCGCAGCCGUCGGUCAGCUUCGACCAGUCCAAGAUCGAGGCUCUCGUCAAGCGCAUCCAGUUCGGCGGUGACGAGGUCGUCAAGGCCAAGGACGGCGCUGGCUCGGCCACGCUCUCCAUGGCCUUCGCCGGUGCCCGCUUCGCCAUCAGCGUGCUCGAGGCUGCCGCUGGCAAGGCCCGCACGGAGUACUCCUACGUCGACGUCAAGGCACUCGGUGCCGGCGAGUGGAGCUCGGUCGUUGGCGACCUGACCUUCUUCUCGGUCCCCGUCAAGCUGGGCAAGGACGGUGUUGAGUCCGUCGGCGCUGGCAUCAAGGCCAACGAGUACGAGCAAGGCCUCCUCAAGGUCGCCGUCGACCAGCUCAACGGCAACAUCUCCAAGGGCGUUGCUUUCGUCGCCGACACUGCUGCCAAGGCCGGCCUCUAAGGAAGCCGCGCAGCAUGCUGCACAUAACCAAGCCACCAGUACCAGAGGUGCAAUUGAGAUAUACACAUCAGC